CGUCAUCGUCGAAAAUCACCACCACCUGCAACCAUCACGUCAAUUACACAUCAUCAUCUUCUUUGCAACAUUUUCUCUAGUACUACUGCGAUGGACUGAUCGAAGCCGAUUCCACAUGGUAGAGUACAAAAGAUCCAUCGAAACGGAAAAGGAUUUUGACUGAUUCAAAGAGGGAUUAGAGUGUCAGCAAACAACAACAAAGAAAAUCACUCAACAAUAUAGCACAGCAGCAGCGCAAAAGAAAAUAAAUUCAUGGGGACACAAUCGAAGCUUCUACAGCGAACUGCAAUCUCCGCAUUCCUACUUUUCUCGGGGAAAAAGGCACUGUGCUUCUCCAACCAGUUCCAUAACAGCCAUUCAACGACCGGAAAUUGUCGGAUCGACAAUCCCAGUCUCGCCAUGGCAGAACAACCAUUCUUAUCGGCCUCCCCAGCACCACCCAGCCAAAAGCGGAACAUGGACGAGGCUAAGACUCUUAUCUCCAGGGCCAUAUCCAUAGGGGCUCCGGCGUACAAUGCCGGCGAUGUUGCGGGGUGUGCCAAGGUGUACAGGGAAACGGCACUAGAGAUCGCAGCCCUGAUUCCCAAGGCGUUGCAAGACGGACUGGAGGGGACCAUUCAACAACAACAGCAAAACAGUUUUCGGGACGCAGACGAGGAAGCAUGGGCAUUCCGGAAGCAAUUUGAUUCCAUUUUAGACUACCAGCUACCCUUUGUGCCCGCCAAAAUCGAAAUCGGCAGCGCCAAUGGCAAGGUCGAGGGCGGGGACRAAACCACGAACGUGACUCUCGAAAAAUUCACGGAUGCCAUGAUUCCGACAGAACCGUACGUGGUCAACGACAAUGUCAUGGGCGGAGUCUCGAGGGGAGAGUGGCAUUCCGGUUCCAAGACCUUUCGGGGGACAACCUCUCUGGCCAACAACGGUGGCUUUUCUUCUCUCAGAUGGAGGUUCGACCGAAUCUUGAACUGGAGUUAUGCCAAGGGAGUCUAUCUGAAGAAGGUAGAGCACUCGAGUCCCGCCCAGCAUACCUUCCGCUUGAUUCUCAAGGACACCACCUGCGAACAGGUCCGGGGCGCGAAUUUUAAGACGAUCUUUGCGAACCCCGAUAACGACAGCGACAGCGACAAUGACACGAUCUUCAUUCCGUUCGAAGCCUUCGAUCAGAUGGAAUCGAUGGGGCGCAUGCUGAACGGGGCCCCGGUAUUCAACCGGGGUGCGGUCACGGAAUUAGGAUUGAUGGCCAUCAAACCAACCGUGGUCGGCGACUUUGAACUCACCAUCCAGGAAUGGGGACUUUAUUUUUGAGAUCGUUAUCAUAUAACUUCAAAAAUAAAAUACGAUACAAUUC